GUGAAUCGAGAGACCAGCAGCCCCACAAAGCCAGGCGGGGGAGCCCCUCACUCAGCUACACAGCACAGCAUCAGCGCCUCGCCUCAGUGAAAAGGACAGAGAGAGGAGAGAAAUGCAAAGGGAUGUAAGAUGGCAGAGCUACAAAUGCUAUUAGAGGAGGAAAUCCCUGCCGGCAAAAGAGCCCUUGUGGAAAGCUACCAGAACCUGUCCCGGGUUGCGGAAUACUGUGAAAACAAUUAUGUCCAGGCUCAAGACAAGAAGAAGGCCCUGGAGGAGACCAAGGCCUACACCACUCAGUCUCUGGCCAGUGUGGCCUACCAGAUCAAUGCCUUAGCUAACAAUGUGCUGCAGCUGCUGGACAUCCAGGCGUCACAAUUACGUCGCAUGGAGUCCUCCAUCAACCACAUCUCCCAGACUGUGGAUAUUCACAAGGAGAAAGUGGCUCGUCGAGAGAUCGGCAUCCUGACAACAAAUAAGAACACCGCCCGCACUCACAAGAUCAUCGCCCCUGGCAACAUGGAGCGACCUGUGCGCUACAUCCGAAAGCCCAUCGACUACACACUGCUGGAUGACGUGGGACACGGCGUCAAAUGGCUUAAGGCCAAGCAACAUGGUAACAAUGCUGCAGGACGAGGAGGCACCAUUUCCAGGACCAACCCACCGACACAGAAACCCCCAAGCCCCCCCAUGGCCGGUCGUGGUACACUUGGGCGUAAUACUCCCUACAAGACCUUGGAGCCAGUGAAGCCUCCGGUGGUGCCCAAUGACUACAUGACAAGCCCGGCCCGACUGGGCAGCCAGCACAGCCCUGCACGCACAGCCUCACUCAACCAGAGGCCCCGGACACACAGUGGCAGCAGUGGGGGGAGCGGCGGCAGGGAGAACAGCGGAGGCAGUUGCGUUGGAAUCCCCAUCGCAGUUCCGACCCCCUCCCCUCCCAGUAUGGGGCAAGUUGCCCCAUCCUCAGCCUCUGUGCCCCAGGGCCCCGGCUUGGGUCCCAUACCCAUGUCCCAGUUCGGCACCAUCUCCCGCCAGAUCUCUCGUCACAACUCCUCCACCACCUCCUCGGCCUCUAUGGUGUCAGCCACCGGCACCUAUCGCCGCGCACCCUCAGUCUCCUCCCAGCAGCCUCACAUCAACGGCGGCCCGGCCUACCAACAGAACUCAGUGUCUGUGGCUCCUCCGCCUCCUCCUCCGAUGGUGCAGCUGACCCCACAGAUCCCUCUGACCGGCUUUGUGGCCAGAAUGCAGGAGAGCAUAACAGACAGCCCUGCCCCGCCUCCUCCGCCUCCCCUCGAGGACAUUAAUGUGUUUGAGGAGCCGUCUCCCCCCCCUCCUCCCCCACCUGUGGACUAUGAGGAAGAGGAGGCUGCGGUGGUCCAUUACAGUGACCCAUACUCUGACGGGGACCCCAACUGGGCCCCCAAAGCCUAUUUAGAGAAAGUCGUAGCAAUCUACGACUACUCCAAGGACAAGGAAGACGAGCUGUCCUUCAUGGAAGGAGCCAUCAUCUACAUCAUCAAGAAAAAUGACGACGGCUGGUACGAAGGCGUCAGUAACGGGGUUACUGGACUCUUCCCAGGAAACUACGUCGAGUCCAUCAUGCACUAUGCUGACUAAAACAAAAAAACAAACAAAACAGCCAGAGCAGCACUGCAGUUUGAAACAGAGUGACGAUGUACAGGCAGGCGUGUGCAGUUCAUACAGCCCCCAUUCUGAAUGAAGUGCCAUGCUGAACUCAUAAACUGUUUAUCUUUUGGGGGGCUUGGGCUUGCACGGAUUUUGUUGUGCUCAAAAAUGAUUAAAAAAAAACAAAAAACUGUCGUUCAAAGAAGGAGGGGCCUGAAACAGGGGGGGGGGGUCUGUUAGUGUACACUGUGGAGCAAAGGGAGGAGACAUCUGUCUAUUUGCUAUCACAGUCACAUCUGUGUUGGCAGGUAACAAUUUGAGGUCACGUUUUACCUCAAGAGAAAUAAACAAAUAAUGUCAGAGGUCAUGAUUAAUCUAGAUUUAGACUCAAUUUGUGCAUCUGCUCCUAUCAUGGUCUGCAGUAUUUCCAAUGCAGUAGAUCUAGUGACCUGACGAGGCAGUGUAUUUCCUACUGUAUGAGGAUCUAGUGCUCCUACUCCUUCUAUUUGCACUGUAGACCUGCAGACCAACCCACUCCUCCUUUUUAAAAAAAACAUCCAUAUUACCUUAUCACACAAAUCGAAAAAGGACAACCGUGGACAGUUAUAAGAAGUGGACGUAGCCUCUCUUUGAAAAAGUGAUGCAAUCUUUUUUUUCUCAUGGCCAGCGACUGGGGGGAGAGGAGGGGGGGGGGAAAUGCACUGUUUGCAAAAAGAAGUCCAAUUAUGUGAAACGAGACAAGAUUGCAAAAUGAUGUUAAUUUUGUAAAAUAUUGUCCCACUUGAAGUUAUAUAGACGUUUUAGGGCGUGGCUACCUGUGAUCACUACGCCACUAACCUGUUAUGGUUAGGCUCCUGUGAGGAGAGCUGGUUAUGAAACAGACUGGAAUUAAUGCUAAUGUACCUCUGUGACCUUAAAAGGCAGGCAAGAUUAUUAGUGACAAGACUUACUAUUUCAGUAUUGAACCUUUGAGUGCCGCUAACAGCUCUCACAGGGUAGUUGUCAUACGACACCAUUUACACCUUAUUACAUCUUCAGCAAAUACUCACAAUGGCUCACCAUUAGUGAUACAUUGGACUGUAAGCAGGGUGAGAUUUUUUGUCAGAAAACACUAUCCAUCCAAUUACAGGACAAAAUCAUCAAAGAUAUGAAAUCCAGGCAAACCUAAAGUUCUCACAGGAGCUUUAACCAGGAUCGAGAUGUAAACGAUGUUUCCUCCCUCUCAUCUAAAUAUUCUCUAUUCCAUAGGUUGAAAACGGUCCACUUCUUAUAUUCAGUCUAUAGAACAAACAGACAUCAACAAGUGCAUUAGGACACGGCUGAAUGUUGGAUGACGUCGAUGUCCGAACCACACAACGUUUAAAAAAGGGGAACAAACAACUUGGAGUUGUUGUGUAUUUACUAUGCUCUGUGUCGGUGGCGAUGCUGUUAAAAAGGGUGAACCGAGUGUACAAACACAUCACAAGAAAAAAAAAGUCAACAGCUUCUUCUUUCUGUUCUCUGACUUGUAUAUAAACUGUCACGUGAGAAGCUGCCAGUACAGUUACAUUUGUCAGUCGAGUGUGUUUCACCUGUGACUCUCCAUCAGCGUCAGUGGAGGGGAUGCCAAGAUUUGGUGUUUUCCUUUUCAAUUGUCUUUAUUUUUACUUGAAUUUUAAUUUGAUUCAUCACUCACGGUGCCAUCUUAACUCCAAGUGGCUGCAUGUAAACAUGAGUUUUAUCUAUGUUCAGUCUGAGUUUAAUCAUCUUCUUCAUUGUCACUGAGUUUGGUGAUGCUGUCCAGCCACUGUAGCAGAGCUCUGGAGGGUUUGCUGCUUCGAAUUGUGAAGCAGAGGAAGGACUAACCCAGGUUUCUUUUUUAAAAAUAUGUUGUUUUUCAUUGUGCACUGAUUGUUUUCAGCAACUGUGAUGACUUUAUGAUUACCGUCACUGCUCUGAUUUUUAAACAACAAUCGCUUUCCUGAAAUAUCAACUAACCUCUAUCCUGUCGUUGUCUGCUCCUUCAGUGGUUGCUGGUGUGGUGCUUUACAUUGGUGCUCAACAACCAUUAUCACCAACACAAACAACCUCAAAUUAUGAAUUCUCUAGAAACUGUCAAAAGGUAACAAGGGAUUCAAGUUGUAAUACUUUGUUCCAGAGAGAGAACAAACAUCCGAUUGUAAUCGUCUUUAAUCGCCUCUGCAUUUUUUAAGUGAAUGUAGACUGAAGGGAAGCGAUCAGUAAUGUACUAAAGUUAGAAUCAGCUACUUACAGAUACACGUCUCGCUCCACAUGAAUGACUAACUGCAGUGAAGGAAUGAAUUGCAACCCCAAGGUCUUCAAAAAGUGCUCGUAUAAAGAUAUCAGUUUUGAUGUCUGCUCUUAAAAAGUGAUUGUUGUUGCAGGUCGAAACCCGCCGUUAGAUAUCAUCAAAGCUAAUGUUUUGUAACAAGCUACUCAAACAUAAUCCUAUGUACUUGGGACGUGCCGGACAUUGAAGGGGACAUUUGAAUAUAAUAUGAAUACAGACUUUAAGAGGGAUUUUUCCAGGAGACACAGAUGAACAGUAUUCAUUCAGCUUCUGUGCAUGAAAGUAUCUCAACGUCAUUACAGUGAAUGAUCUGCCACUACAUCCCAUUCUUGAUUGUAUCUUUUCCAUCUUGAGGUCAUUUUUGUGAGAAAACAACUUUUUUCUACCUAAUGUAUUUCUAGCUUUGCAUUGGACAUGUUUUUUUGUGUGUGCGUGUCAGAGACUGUGGAGAAAAGGCUGGUGAGCAGUUUGUAUGUAAAGGCUUUAUUUAUACUUUUCUUUUCAUAGAGAAAUCAUGAGACAACCACUGACGUGCAGAACUUUGUAAUGUUUACCACGUAACGUCGAACAUUUCAUGGCAUCACAGGUCAAGACGCCUUUCUUCGAUGUGUUUUUUCUUAAUGAUGGAAAAAAACAGUAACUUAAAUGUUCAUGGGAACAGAAUCCAGUGUUUGUCUUCUCCUCUCAGUUUGUACAUAGGAUGUCUUCAUUGAAAUUUAUGUACAGUCUUUUUGUAAUAAACAGCUCAUUGAAACAAUGAA